GACAAGUUCCAGAUUUCGUUUGUCUUAACAUCUCACAAAGCGCUCAAUCCCAUAGCCUCGAGCCUGCGUAAACGCACGCUCACAUGAGCAUCACCAAGCUCGAACUAAUGCAUGAAUCAACUUCAUCUGGCGCGGUGCCUCGGCACAGUCUCAACGCCAUCAUUUCGCCGGCAUCAUAACGAGAGCUUGAUUGAUAGCCUUGCUCAUGACCAGAACAUCACUUUUACCUACAUCAGGUCGGAACCUGACUCCAGCGAUGAUGGUACCUCACAAGUACCGGCGAUUGCUCAUCCAGCGGGCGUAAACUGUCUGGCAAUCGACCACACCGAAGGCCGAUACCUAUUAUCAGGCGGGGCAGACUCGACCGUCCGCCUUUGGGAUCUCGAGGAGCGCGAGACACAGUCUCACUCUUCUGACUCAUCGAUCCCGAAAAUUCACUCGCCAAAGGCAUCCCUGACACGAGGCACGCCGUCCUCUCACACGCACGCCCUGACCUCGAUCUCAAUAUACCCAUUCGACCCGACACCUUCCACCCUGCUCACGACAAGCUACGACAAAACGCUCAAAGUGACAGCCAUAACGCCCACCUCCCUCACUCCAAUCCACAGCUUUGAUCUCGACUUCAUCCCUUGGACGCACGCACUCUCACCCUCACCAGACUCAUCACCCUUGAUAGCAGUUGGCACUGCCCAUCCAGCCAUCCGCCUCCUCGACCUCCGCUCCGGCCUCUCAACACACUCCCUCUCCGGCCCCAACGGUGCAAUCAACACUCUCGCCUGGUCCCCUCGACAAUCGCACAUCCUGGCUUCAGGCUCCGCCGACGGCAAAGUUCUCUUCUUCGACAUCCGCCGCGCGAACGCGGCAUUCGCCUCCCUCGACCAGGACGAUGCAAUCGGCGUGAUAGGCGAGUUUCCAUCUACCGGCCUCGGCGCACGGAGUCUACAUCUCGACUUCUCAACCCUUGCCCACAGUGGACCUGUCACCAGCAUCCAGUGGACACCCGCGGGUGACAAGCUCGUCACAGCAGGCCACGACCAGCGCAUCCGCGUCUGGGACGCCGCGACAGGCCGCAACGAUCUCGUACACUUUGGCCCGCGCAUCCGCAACGAGCGACAGGGCGAAAUCGGACCGUUGAUCUCGCCCGUUGGCACCCACGCGCCAGGUCGCGAGAGCUUAUUCUGGCCCAACGACGACGGCCGCGGCACGAUUUUCCAGCAUCACUUGCGCGAGGGCCAUCUACUGCGCAUCCUGCGCACAGAGGGCGUCAAACUCGCUGAAGUCCAGGCCGCAAAGCGAAACCGCGGCGGUGGACGUGCAGGCACGAGUAAUGUCGCGAGGCUGACGAGCGGAGGUCGGAUCAAUACCAUGCUAUGGCGCGUGAAUGCACUUGCUGGUAAUGCGAUCGAAAUGUACACUGCGCACGGCGACGGACGGAUCUGUGCAUGGGUGCCUACGUCCAAGGGAAGCGAGGACGAGAAGGACGAUGGUGCUGGUGCUGAGACCUCAGAACCGACCCCCCAGGUGGCGACGACUGCGACUGACGCACCUCUAGAUGAUUCAGAGAUCAGACGCAAGCGAAAGCGAGAGCUGAUCGGCGACUUGGUGGAGGGCUUGACGAGACGGCCUAUGCCAUUUUCCUAAUCCGGAAAGCUUGCGCUCACACAAUGCUCAGAAUCACAACCAAAGAUAUUGUCGUGUUGGGCGUCGUUACCCGACAUUAAGCAUUGGUAUCCGUCCAGGCGAGUGUCGCCGCUAUAGUCCAUACCUACCUAUGUAACCUGUACAAACAUAAUACAAGGACAAUGCCCCAGAAC